GCUGCCUUCGAAAUUUUUUUGUCGACGGACAGUCCGUUUGAUUUUGAUGAAUCAGCAAAAGUCUUUAACAUUGAUUGUUGCACUUACAACUUCUUAUGGAAUUGGCCGAUCAAACUCUCUUCCAUGGAAAUUAAAGAAAGAAAUAAGUUAUUUUAAACGAGUAACCUCUUUUGUACCAACUUUUGAUUCAUUUGAAUCGAUGAAUGUUGUAUUGAUGGGUCGAAAAACAUGGGAAAGUAUUCCUUUGCAAUUUCGGCCCCUUAAAGGUCGUAUUAAUGUUGUUAUCACUCGAAAUGAAUCUCUGGAUCUAGGAAAUGGAAUUCAUUCUGCAAAAUCCUUGGAUCAUGCUUUGGAAUUGUUAUAUCGUACAUAUGGUUCUGAAAGUUCGGUUCAAAUUAAUCGAAUUUUCGUUAUAGGUGGUGCACAGCUAUAUAAAGCAGCUAUGGAUCAUCCUAAAUUAGAUAGAAUUAUGGCUACAAUAAUAUACAAGGAUAUUCAUUGUGAUGUAUUUUUUCCACUUAAAUUUAGGGAUAAAGAAUGGUCUUCUGUAUGGAAAAAAGAAAAACAUUCAGAUUUAGAAUCUUGGGUUGGUACUAAAGUUCCUCAUGGUAAAAUAAAUGAAGACGGUUUUGAUUAUGAAUUCGAAAUGUGGACAAGAGAUUUAUAAAUCCCUUUCAAAUCUUUUUAUGGCUUUUUAAUACUACUAAUUCUC